UUGAAAUAAUAAAGGGUCUCAAUGAAAGAUGUGCAGUGUCACAUGUUUAGUGUAAAUUGUCACAUGACCAGAGCUGUUUACUUCCUGGUUGCACCAUGAGAAGAGGAUGGCUGCAUCAAAGCUCCCAAACAGAAGUUCUGGAUAUGUUGGAUCUAGGUGACCACCCAGACAAGGCAUGCAACAUUGCAUUUAUCCCUCAAAAUGAGAAAGAUUCUGUCCUGAUUGAUUGUGAUAGCGAUGGGUCAGAUAUGGACUAUGGACAGGCCUUUUGCCAGCCAGGCUGUUGAAUGCAUAUGCUGAACAUAUGCAAACAGAUCAUGACAGGAACAACGUUAUCAGUGAUGAUGACCUACCCCUCAUCCCCCCCAUCCACAACCUCCCCCACCCCCCUCCAUUGUUGAUAAUGAAGAGCCAACGGCCUCUACUCACCAGAGGGUCCAGUCAGAAGAGCCAAGGGCAAAGCUGGAGGUCGUCAAAAAUAAGGAUUGAGUGUUCAAACGAUCGAAGAGGCCUGCCACCGCUGUGAUUCCAAAACACAUUGAAUACAGCCCAAAUGCUGCAGAAUGUGUAAAACAAAGCUGUCCCAACCCAAUGGAUGUUUUCCUACUAAUGUAUCCACCCUAAGAGAGAUCACCAUUGAAAUGUCCAACCUCUACUCCACCCAGACCAAGGACAAGCAACUGUAUCUGAGUAUGGAUGAGCUCCUUACAUUCUAUGGGAUCCUUAUCACAUCUGGGUACAGCUCUGUUCCAAGAAGACACAUGUACUGGUCACUUGACAGUGAUGUACACAAUGAAAGCAUUUCAGAUUCAAUGCGGAGAAAUCGCUUUGAUGAAAUAAUGGCCUCAGUUCAUGUGGUUGACAACACAAAGAUCACUGACGACCCAUUUUUUAAGGUUAGGCCCAUCUUCUCUGAGCUCAAUCAGUCAUACAAAGUCAUGCCAUUUCAGGAAUGGCUGUCAGUGGAUGAGAGCAUGAUCCGAUACUAUGGCCGACAUGGAUGUAAGCAAUUCAUUAGAGGUAAACCAAUCCGUUUUGGUUACAAGCUAUGGAGCCUUGCCUCAUCCAGUGGUUACAUGUAUCACAUGGAGCCAUAUGGUGGAUCCCACACACUCCUCCCUGAGACUGGGCUGGGUCAGGGACCCAGUGUCGUUCUCGGUCUUGCAGAGCAAUCUCAGGUGCCUCAAGGUUGCAAGUUCCUUCAUGACAACCUCUUCACUUCGCUUGCACUCCUCGAUGAAAUGACAAAAAGAGGAUAUGGGAGCUCUGGAACGAUGAGGCAGAAUCGUCUGUUUGAUGUCCCAUUCAAGCCACAGAAGGACUUCAUGAAGUUACCCCGGGGAACCUCUGAGGUUCUGACCCAAGGAGACAAGUUGCUGGUCCGUUGGAAAGACAAUAACAUUGUCACAGUGGCAACAAACAUGGAGGAGAAAUACAGUGAGACCUCUGUCAAAAGAUGGAACAAGGAGCGACGUGCCUUUGACAAAGUCCCACAACCAAAAUGCAUCAACCGAUACAAUGAGCACAUGGGUGGUGUUGACCUUCAUGACCUACAGGUUUCAAGAUACCAUAUCUCCAUCAAGGUCUAAGAAGUGGUGGUGGCCCAUCUUUGCAUGGUCUCUCAACAGUGCACUCGUAAACAGCCAUUUCUUUUACAAAGACGUUAUGGGAGGGACCAUCGACCUGCUCACCUUCUCACGGAUAGUGGCACAGUCUCUUAUGCAAAACUUUGGCACGAAACCACUGAGCCAAGGAAGGAGAUCUUUACUGGCUGCUACUGUUGAAGAUCAGGCAAGAUAUGACAAAGCUUCUCACUGGCCAAUCAACACGAUGCACCGGUUCCAGAAAUGUCGUCAUUGUGACAAACGCACUACCUAUGCAUGUGAAAAAUGCAAAGUGCCACUGCACAUUGAGUGCUUCAAGAUAGCCAUGGACAGUAGAAAAGGAGAUAGGAGUGAAUGAAAAAGCCAAUAAAAGAAAAAUAGAAAAGUCAAUAAAGGGUGAGGUGAAGCAGUACAACGGACUCUAGGAAGAAAAGAAAAGUAGACUAAAAAGACAACCAAAAUGACUGAAAUGUUUUUGGAAGAAAAGGUCAAUUAGGUCUUUCUGAUCACAGUUCAAAAUAGUGAUGCACAAACUAAUCGUGCACUUGGUUCUGAAGCCUACCUCUAUGAUAUAUAUUAUUUUGUCCAGUGUAGGCUUCUACUUGAAUGCAUAUUCUACAGGCUACCUCUAUUCUAAAUGUUACCUUUAUGUUCAGUGUAGGUCUCUACUUGAAUAUAUAUUCUACAGGCUACCUCUAUUCUAAAUGUUACCUUUAUGUUCAGUGUAGGCCUCUUCUUGAAUACAUAUUCUACAGGCUACCUCUAUCCUAAACGUUACCUUUAUGUUCAGUGUAGGCCUCUACUUGAAUACAUAUUCUACAGGCUACCUCUAUUCUAAAUGUUACCUUUAUGUUCAGUGUAGGCCUCUACUUGAAUACAUAUUCUACAGGCUACCUCUAUUCUAAACGUUACCUUUAUGUUCAGUGUAGGCCUCUACUUGAAUGCAUAUUCUACAGGCUACCUCUAUUCUAAACGUUACCUUUAUGUUCAGUGUAGGCCUCUACUUGAAUACAUAUUCUACAGGCUACCUCUAUUCUAAAUGUUACCUUUUAUGUUCAGUGUAGGCCUCUACUUGAAUACAUAUUCUACAGGCUACCUCUAUUCUAAAUGUUACCUUUAUGUUCAGUGUAGGCCUCUACUUGAAUACAUAUUCUACAGGCUACCUCUAUUCUAAAUGUUACCUUUAUGUUCAGUGGGAAUGAAUCACACGACUGCUAUACAGUUGUUAGUGAAUGUUGCACUAAAAUGUCACAAUGACAAUGUUACAAUGAGUAUUGCACUAAAGUACAAGUUCAAAUGUUACAAUAAAGUUACAAUGUUUAUGUUUCAAUACAUGUUACAAUAAAGUAACAAUGUUACAAUGUAUGUUACAAUAAAGUAACAAUGUUGAAAUACGUC